AUGGCAGAUCAACAACUAAAUAUCAUCAAGGACAACCCCAUCGGGAACGGUCUUGAUGCCUUCCGCGCUUCGUUUAGUUCGGUCUGCGAAGGCGCGGGCGUUCUCUACACUCCGGAUGCGCUUGAGCAGCUUGGCCAAGAAGACCUACAGAAUCUCGCCCUAGACCUUCUCAUAGCAUUACAAAGCCUUCGGGUCUCCCGUCAACUUCGUUCUAGCGGCCGUGACAGAAAUCUCCUCAGCGACCUUUCGAGACUUAAUUCUGCAGUCAACUCCGACGACUUUGACCUCGACUACAUCAAGCCUCUCCUGAAGUGUGCUAUCGCUGACAAUAUAGACGAUGCCCUCAUCUGGGAUCGAGUCUACCGCGCCUACCGCAAGGAUGUGGACAGAGUCCUCAGGAAUGAACUCGGCGCUAUGUACGUUGGGCUUCCACGAUUCUACGAGGCAUUUUUCGGACGAGUGGUAGGUCUUGAGAUGGCGUCCGAGGCCGUGUUCAAUAGGUGCACCGAAGGCAGCGAACCACUCUUUAGUAAUGGGUGGAGGGGAUGGCCGACAGACGCAAAUCAGGACGACGUCUUGAGCUGGUUUGCGGAGUUAACCGAGACACUGGCAACAUUCGCAGAAGAGUACAAGUCGAUCUCGACACAUCGACGAAGGCCUCUGGCACAACCCAACAAGCCAAUCCAGGGCUCCACGGCAGAACGCAAGUUGGAUGUCGGCUUCGUCGACGACCCCAAGGCUGGAAAAGACUCUCGAUGUCACUGGUCGCAUAUUCUCAUACCGGGUGAGCUGAAGAGCAAUCCAUCGGCCGACAAAGCAGCAAAGGCAUGGCUUGAUCUGGGGACGUACGCGAGAGAAGUGCUCGCUGUUCAAGACACCCGUCGCUUCGUCUUAGGCUUUACCAUCUGUGGAUCUCUCAUGAGGAUAUGGGAGUUUGACCGGCUAGGGGGGAUCGCAUCCGAACAGUUCGACAUCAACGAAGAUGGGCUGCAGCUUGUGUCCAUAGUCCUCGGGUUUCUCUGGAUGGGCGAUGAGGAGCUUGGCUUCGACACGACGAUCAUGACGGCGAACGACAAGCGGUUCAUUAAGAUCGAGCGGAAUGGUUCAACAGAGCGACUCAUCAUCGACAAGGUGAUGCAACGCGGACGUUGCAUAGCUGGCCGGGCCACGACUUACUCGUGGCAAUACCCCGAACGCGAUGAGGAGGGCGAGUUACUAAGGCAGGCAACUAGCCAAGGCGUUGUCAACGUGGCCCGAUACUAUCAUCACGAGACUGUUCAGAUACGCGGUACAGAGGACGACAUUCGAAACAAUGUUCGAAGGCGACUGGAUGUCACAAGGGCCACGAACUACCGGCCAGAACGCUCGAUGCCACCGCCGAGUACGAUCGCGGCCAGUGCUUCGCGGAAAGGCCGUAGCAGCAGCGCCACUAGCAAGAAGCGAUCUUCGAGCCAAACUGGCGCCGCCCUGCCCCCCAGCAAGCGAACCUGUUCGGUGUCUCCAACGAAGGCCAGCGUCGAUGCACUGCCGAAUCGGGUACAUCGGCGCGUCAUUCUUCGCGACUAUGGAAAGCCUAUCUACAUGGCGAGCUCCCGAUCGGCUCUCCUUGCUGCGCUAGAGGGCUGCAUCGAAGGACAUGAAUCCCUGCGUAAUGCCGGCUUUCUGCACACAGACAUCUCAACCAACAAUCUCAUGAUCAACGAGGACAAUAACCUUUCCUGGCCUUCGUUCUUGAUUGACCUGGACCUCGCCGUCAGAGAGCAACGAGAAGGCGCAUCCGGAGCAAAGGGCAAGACUGGCACGAGGGCGUUCAUGGCAAUCGGGGCGCUUCUGGGCGAGCAGCAUUCCUUCAUGCACGAUCUCGAGUCAUUCUUCUGGGUGCUCUUCUGGAUAUGCAUCCACUACGACGCGCAGGGCAAAGACAUUAGGCCAACUGGGUUUGACGAUUGGAACUACGAGAAUGAUGACAAAUUGGUUCGGUCGAAAAUGGGCGAGAUUAGUGACGAGGAAGUUUUUCUUGCAGGCGCCGAAAAAAAUUUCACUUCAUACUACCGGCCAUUGAUCCCAUGGGUCAAUAGACUGCGGAGGAAGGUAUUUCCAAAUGGAGGGAGGUGGAAGAGGCUGGAGCAGGAGCUCUAUUCUUCGAUGAAGGAAAUUCUUCGUAAGGCCCGGAACGACCCGGAGGUGUUGGAGGAUAGAUAA